UCGGGACGAUCUGAAAGCAAAUGAAGAAGAAUAGCGAGAAAUAGGAAAGACAUCUAUGAAACUGUAGCGUCGUAACAGUCAAACUGAAGCGUGACAACGGAAAUUCCCAGUGUAUCGGUCUCUGAUCACCGCAGGUUCAGCCGGGUUCCGAGAGUCCGACCCGGGGCCGCUCCAUCUGAGCCGUCCUUCUGUAAUUGGACCGGAUUUCGAACUCGCCGGGGACCGGUUUUUAGUCGACGGGAGGACCAAAAACCGCCGGCCAGAUUCACCGUACUCCGCCCGUCUGGGUUCCCUCGGGGGAUGAUCUGGUCUUCCCCGAGAGAGUGAUGUCCAGGAGUCAGAGGGUCAAAGGCCCACAGGAAGCCUGGGGCAAGAAUACGCCCGGUAUAUAACGAUGAGCUCAGAGAAGAGACGACAUAACUCAUAGGCAUACAGUCGCCGAGGUGUGUGGCUAUAUCUGCAUCUGCUGUAUAGGUACGCAUCUUCAGUCUUUACCGGGAAGCCAUGAAGACCGCUGUGCUCGUGCUCUGUGUGUGCUCGGCGGCGGCCGCCGCGCCGCGACCCUUUUGGCCCCGCUGGGGAGGCGGAGGAAGUGCUUCCGGCAGCGCCAGUGGCAACGUGGUGUCCGGCUCCUCGGGAGGAUUCGGUGGAGCCACACGCAUCACCUCCGUCAGUGCCUCUGCCUCGGGAUCAACCAGCGGUGGCGGCAGCAGCCGUAACUCGGGCUACGCCAGCUCCGUAUCGGGAAACGGUCUGUUCGGCAGCUACAACCGCGCCAACACGAACGCCCAGUCGGUUCAGAACUCGUACGGCAGUCGGUUCCGCUUCCGCGGCUAGCUGCCGCUGGUUGACAUCAUGAGUUUCUUGUUGACCAGCUGGCGUUUUCUUGUGUCGUGAACGUGGCGCAGAGUUGGCUCGGCGAAGUGGAGGAAGGAGUUAGUUAUUGCUGGCGACUGAUGACGGUUAUGUGGGCGUGGUCGCACAUUUUGUCGUGGUCUGUGUUAAAUGUGGUGAGUUGUCGCAAAUCACGACAUUUAACGACAUCCCUGUUGCGACGAGAGUAGAUGUCAAACGCUGAGUUUACUGGUCAUAAUUUGACAGGAGCACAUGACCCCAACCCAAAGACUUACAUGAGCGUUAUCAAUUUGUUCAUUGUCUCGUCAUUCUCCAUAGAGAAGUAGCUAGUUAAAUAAAUGUUGUUUUUUCGCGUUC